CCCCCACUUUUGCCCCACCCCUCACUCUCCGCAUACGUCCGCUCGCAAUGUCCUCCAGCCCUCUCUCCUCUGAUAUCAAGCCCAUCAUCUCCCCUCCAAUGCAUGACAUCCAUCUCCUUCCCACCCCUCCCUCGUCCCCCCUCCCCGAUGUCGCCGCCCACACUUCCGUCGUCCUCCUCAACUCCCUCGUCCAAUUCUACCAGCAGGAGUCCCUCUGGGUUCACCGCACCCGCGCAGCCCUCGAGCUCGCCCUCUCCACCCGUGGCAUAGACAGCCCUGGCACCCCCGCCCAGAUCCCCUCGGGGCCCACGCCCCCUUCCUCAGACACAGACGACGCGGUCAAGCAAGACCCGUCCACCCCGCAGCCCAUCGGCAAAGCCCACUCGCUCUCCCGCUGGAUGCAGCGCAAGAAGAGCUUCAAGCUGAAGCUCGAGGGCAUGCCCAAUAGCCUCGCCGCCGCCCGCCGCCGCCGUGCGCACCGCGGGGCCCAUGCGCCCACGGCACCCGAGACGGGCACGCGCCUGCUCGAGCUGUUCGGGCAGCUGAUGGAAGCGCGCAUGGAGAGCUGCCACCGCGUCCACCGCCUCGUGCAGGAGGCGCACUGCCCCGACCUGUACACGCGCUGACCUAGGUGCAGAUCGGGUACUAGGGCUGGCCAGGCGUCGGUCGGUGCUGGCAGGUCCGGAGGGAAUGGAGGCGCCCCACGUCUCGACGGGGGGUCGCGGCGGGGCGCGGCUCUCGCAUUCACGUUGUCAUGCUCGGAGAUGUCUCGGUCUGGGUCUAGAUGUCCGCAUUUGAGCUACGCACUUGAUACGCAUGCACUCACCGGUGGGAAGCGAGGGCGAGAGGGCGCACAGUGAGGGGGGUCCGCUUACAUUAUUGGGCACUGGGUCGCAUCGUCUGUAACUUAUCGCUAUGGCGGCUGGUCGUGUGUCGAGAGAAGGGAAAUAAUAGAGCUCGCAUGAGUGCAAGGAACGG